AAAGGGAACUCCCACGCUCCUCAUCCACGGAAACAAACGACAGAAGCUGCAUAUCUGCAGCAAGGAGCGCAGAGUGCGCAUCGAUCAGCCCAGCCUAGUCCCAGGAGACAGAGACGCUUUGGAGGACGAACAGCGGGAUGGAGCUGGACCUUCUGCUGUGGAUUAUGAUGCUGAACUUGAUGGGACGCGCAUCACCGGACCCCAACCAGUACAGCAGAGCGGUGGAUUGGCUGAGCAGAUAUGGUUACCUUCCCCCUCCGGACCCCCGCACCAGCAAGCUGCAGACUAAAGAGGGGAUUGAGCAAGCAAUUCGUGUUAUGCAAAGAUUUGGAGGGAUCCAGGAAACUGGCCUGAUGGACAAGGAAACGCUGAAGCUCAUGUCCACUCCGCGAUGCUCGCUCCCAGAUAUUGUUGGAGGCGAGGACAUGAGGAGGAGGAGGAGGCGCAGGAAGAGAUAUGCUCUGUCAGGCCUUAAAUGGCACAAGACAGACCUCACAUGGAGCAUCCACAGUUAUCCAACAUCCUCUGUAUCGCAAGGAAUGGUGGAUACUCUCAUAGCUCACGCCUUGAAAGCUUGGAGUGACGUUGCUCCGAUAAACUUCAGACGGCAGCAAAGUGACGGCAGCAGGGGCGAAGGGGGUGGAGACAUCAGGGUGUCUUUUGCCAAACUGCUUCAUAACGAUGGCUACCCUUUCGACGGGGAGGGCGGCACCCUGGCCCACGCCUUCUUUCCUGGUCUGGACGAAGUCUCUGGAGACACCCACUUUGAUGACCAUGAGAUCUGGAGUUACGGAGGUGGCGGCAGCACCACAGACUUGUUUACUGUAGCAGUGCAUGAAUUUGGCCAUGCUCUUGGUCUCUCCCAUUCCUCCUCUGAUCCGUCCAUCAUGAGACCGUAUUACCAGGGACCUGUGGAAGACAUUCCCAAAUUCAAGCUGGAGUUGGACGACAGGCUGGCCAUCCAGCAGCUGUAUGGAGCCAGAGACAACGCAGAAACAGAUCAACCGGGGGUUGGAGUAGAUCCUGACCCACCACUCUUUCCGAGUCCACCUCCCCGAAGACCAACAAAGUACCCUGAGCUUUCAUUCAAUGAGCGAUGUCAGGGAAGCUUUGAUGCAGUAGCAAACAUCCGUGGAGAGGUGUUCUUUUUCAAAGGUGAACAUUUUUGGAGAACUAAACGAGAUGGCUCAUUGGUGUCCUUACGGCCAGCUUUGAUCACCAACUUUUGGAUGGGUCUUCCAACCGGAACGAAGGUGGACGCGGUUUAUGAGAGAAAGAUUGACAGCAGAAUCAUCUUCUUUAUUGGUUCUCAGUACUGGGUAUUCAAAGACACAACGGCAAUGAGUGGUUACCCCCGGCCCCUCUCAGAUUGGAAAAUGAGGACGCAGAGCGGUGAGCUGGUGGACAGGGUGGACGCUGCCUUCAUCUGGGCCCACAAUGGCAAGACCUACCUGUUCAGUGGGGGGCAGUUUUGGAGGUUUGAUGAAAGCCAAAAUCGUGAGGGGGUGAUCAAGGAGCCAGAUCCACAAUAUCCUCGCACUAAUGACCUCUGGGGAGGAAUGCCAACCCACAUGGAUGAUAUCAUCACCUGGGGUGAAGGAGAUGCCUACUUCUUCAAAGACAACUUCUACUGGGUGCUCGAGAACGGAGGAAUAAACCAGGAAUACGUCUCUCCUAAGUCCACCUCCAUAGACUGGCUCCGAUGUCCAGCUCCUCCCACAACGUCCACUCCAGAGAUUCCUGGAAAUCCAAAGCAAUGUGUCUGUGCCUUCAACAGAUCGCCUCUGUCUCUCAGGAGCGACUGUCUGAUCCUGAUUGCUGUUACAAUGAUAAUUAAUAGGCUAAUGUGUGUAAAUAAUUAGAGAUGUGUACUGUAGUUAUUUUAAGAGUUGUUUUUUCUAUUUCGGGAUUACAAAUAUAAUAGUUUAACGUCAUACUGCCCUAGAUUACAUAAUAAAGGUUUCACUUGGACAACAUAUCAUAUUACAGUUAUUGUCUCUUAGAAUGGCUCAUAGACGUCCCUAAAAUAGAAAAGCUCCCCCAUUUUGCUUUGUGUGUCUCUUUGGGAUAGACCGAUAUUUAACACUUUUAUGCAUCAGGUGGGGCAGUCCUUUCACAUCAUAAGAUUUUAUCUAGACAGAAGAGAAAAGUGGUGGCAAUGGUCUUAGGACAGUGAGAUCCAGACCUCUGUAUUUUCCUUCUGUGUAUAGAGCACCUGUGCACCACCCAUGUGCAUCACGCACUGCCAAAAGAACAUCAAUUGCCAGGGGAGCCACCAAAAAGAUCAGGCUCAUAGAAAAUAAUGAUAAAAUCCACAGUACCAACACA